AUGAGUGCAUAUUUAAAAGAUCUUCCAUGUUAUAAUCCUGAAAAUUUUAGUCGUUUUCAUUCUGGAGGCAUGCGAGAAAGGAUUGUGCGACCAACAUAUACAUCUCAAAUCGAUACCAAUGCUAAAGGUAUGAUUUCAAUAGUAUAACAUGACAACCGAUGUGACUACUAAUAUUCUACUUAGAAAUCGUAAAUGAUCCAGUACCGAUGUUGAUCCACCGAUUAUCUAAAAUACCAGUAAGUUGUUGAAUAUUUUUGAUUACAUCACAGAUAUCGCAUCGAUUGAGAAUAACUUCUGACAUUAAACUUCCACUCAAUCUCUAGAUGUUUCCACAACACAAUAAAACUGAAAAAUAAAAUACUAAUAACUCAGAAAUCGAGAAAAUUCUUUUUUGUUUUAUCUACAUAUGGCUGGAUAGCAGAGCUCCAUACGGGAUACGUUUUCAUUGGUCCGGAUCUGACUAAAAUUUUCGUCGGCCUGGUCGACCUGGCUCAUCAAAUAUUCGAGAAAUUCUAGCAAAAUAUAAGGAUGUAUGUAUGUUGACACGCAUGGCAAAUUUCCAUCUCUGGUUAUCGUCGACUAGUAAUUGUAAUAUACGAAUUAUAAACAAAACAAACAUGAAAAAAAAUGGUUUAGUUUAAAGAUUGUUUGUAUUAAACGAACAAAGAGUGCGGAACCUGUUUGGUAGUAAAGACCACUGUCAGAAAUAUAUAUUUUUUCAUAAAACAUCGAUGCGGAUGUGCUUCUUCACUAAAAACGUUUGAUAAAUGGAAUCGAUUCAACACCGAUUGCGUGUAUACACGCAUGUAUGAUCAUAUACUCUCGAAUUAAACUCAUUCAUUGUUUUCAUACUCGUUCACAAUUUGAAAUUGUCGGUUUCAUGAAUCUUCAGAUAAAUGCCGACACAUUAAUGCAUAGGUUAAACAUUUAAACUAAUCGUUUAUUUUUUUAUAAAUAUGCAAUUUAUAACAAAAACAAAAAUAUAAAAAAUAAUGAAGAUAGACUCUCAUUAUCAAAGUACAGCUCUAGCUUAGCUAGAAUAAUAACUUAAUUCUUUCACGCGCUUGCAGAAGCUACCUGUACACGCUUACUGCUGUGUUACUCUAUGAUUAUCAUUAUCGAAAAGAACCAACUCUUUCGGAUGACCUGCAGCUCUGUACAAUUGUUCACUGCAACGAUAAGGUAGACACUGAUCGCCUUUACCAUGAAUCCCCAAAUCAAUUUUUUUCUUUGCCGCUCUUAGAGUUUCCCAAGAUUCUCACUCAUUUUAGAUGAUAGAGAGCUCAAAAUUGUUGUUUUUUAGAAAAAUGCUACCACUUUGGCGGUACAGAGCCGGAUUUUUGUGAUUUUUUAUUACUAAUUAAUACGAAACAUUUUUCGUCAAAAUCCAAAAAGCUUCUUUCGAGUUUUUAAGAAACCGUUAGUUUUCAUUACCUUCUGGAAUGAAACUCAAAAAUCCGGCUCGGUACUGUCAAAACGACAGCAUUUCUCUAAAAAACGAAACCAUCCCAGUCUGCCUAUCAUCUAAACUGAGUGGGAAUUUGGACAAAGCUUAACUACUCUGUUUUUACCACUGUUGUGUAGGGAUAAGCCCUUGAAGCGGUUCGCCCAUCCCAUGCAAAGCCCUUCUCGAUAGAGCACAUCGAGUUACCUAAAGAAAUCAUAGUUUUAAUUUAGACUAAGUUUAUAACGAAAAAUUUAAGAAUAUUGAAGUUUUAAAGUUGGAUAAAAUUUCAUGGAAAAAACAAGCAAAAUUUCCAACCGUAGUUUUUCUUCCCAAACUAUUUUCAUCUAAUUCACUAUAGUAUAAAGAACUAACUUCGAUACCAAUAGAACCUAAAGUUAAACACGAGCAGAACCGCUAAAUUAAAGGAGAGCAAUUGCAAACAUUUUUUUUUCGACUCUGAUCCUGUAAGGACCCCUCGAAGAAUGAGACUUCGGACGCUCGAUAUAAGUGUUCGAGGAGUUAUCGAUUUCGGGCCCUCGAGAAAAGUUCCGAGCCGUUGAACAGAGAUACGCGGGACUUCCGAGCCCUCGUCGUUCCAGGAUGCGACGAGGACUCAGAAGUCUUUUCGUCUACUUGGGUCCCGAACAUCUCUAUUCGACGGCUCGGAAUUCUUCUCGAGGGCACAAAAUCGAUAACUCUUCAAACACUUAUAUCGAGGUCCGAAGUCUCAUUUUUCGAGGGAUCGAGCCCUUGAUGGAGGCCCAUCAAAAGCGUAUUUUCGGGUACUCGAAAUACUCCUCGAGCAAAUGGUUAGAUAAUUCGUUUACUUUUAACUUUAUUUUUUCGAUUUUUUUUGCAGGAAGGGACGUGAAAGAAUUCUCUCUAAGCCAGUCUAAAUACUUUCAAGAGUUACCUACUCAAAGUCGCUUCUCCGUAGCUUUUGCAAUUAUCCCAAGCGUGAUGAUUACAAACAUUCACUUGUAUUCAACGGAAAAAGGACUCACCAGUAAAUAUUUUUCUCAUUAAGUUAGUGAGAUUAAUUAGUGCUAUAUUGACAUUCUUUGACUUUUUUACGUUUCUUAUAAAACUAAGUAUAUUUAAUAUAAUUGAAAAUUGAUUUUGAAAUGAUUUUCGUUCUCCCCUGUUUCAACUAGUAUAUAUAUGCAUCUCUCUUCUAAAUUCACAGUCAUAUUAGCCUGAUGAUGAUACUGUGAAGUAUCGAAAGCUCGCUUUUUUGUGNAAUGUUUUUCAAUUAUAUUAAAUAUACUUAAUUAGUGCUUUUUGCACAGAUAGAUGAAGAAAUUAUUCUUGUGUAGUCGCUGAAAAUCUUCCAGUUCCAGUCAUUAGUUAGCCUGAGACCUAACUAAAAGAGUAGAUGAGAAAAAUUUGAAUAUUUUUGCAAUCACCCCGCUUGGGAUAAUUGCAAAAGCUGCGGAGAAGCGACUUUGAGUAGGUAACUGUGAAAAUUUUUAGAUUGCCUUAGAGAGAAUUCUUUCAUGUCCCCCCUGUAAAAAAUAAAAAAACAAACUUAAAACUAAACGAAUUACGCUAAUUAUAUGAUCAGUGAGUCGAAAAAAAAUGUUUACAAUUCCUCCCUCCUUUACUCUAUUUAGUUCGGUGUCUCCAGCUGACUGUCAACUGUCGAAUCAGAAUCUUCGAAUUUUUUUUCACUCGGACAAAGCUUAAAAUUACAUCAUUAGACGCCGUUUUUUUUUCACCUGGAUG